UGUUCUGUGGGUCACAUACGGCACAUCAAUUAAUAAGGUUAGGUUAUCUUUUGUGUGUGUAAAUAAACAAAUCCUUAAAUAAUUAUGAAUGAUUAAAUUUCUUUGUUGUAGGUGGUUUAGUUUCGGUUAAGUUUGUAGCUCCAGAGAACUGAAUUCGAUAACCAUUCGACUAUAUGCUGGAAACAUUUUUAAAAUGGAUCCUAUAAUAUUGGUGCAUGGAGGUGCGGGACGAAUUAAAGACGAUAAAAUAGCGAAAGUAUUAGUCGAAGGUGUUAAAAAGGCGGCUAAGAUUGGUCAUAAUAUUCUUGCAAAAGGGGGCUCAGUAUUAGAUGCUGUCGAAGCAGCAGUGAAAUAUAUGGAAGACGAUGAAAACUACAAUGCGGGCAAGGGUUCUGUGUUGACUCUAGAAGGGGAAGUUGAAAUGGAUGCCAGUAUUAUGCUCGGGGCAGAUCUAAGUGCAGGUGCUGUAACAGUAGUUAAAGAUAUUCAGCACCCCAUUAGUCUGGCCAGAAUGGUAAUGGAAAAAACUUCGCACAUAUUAUUGGCAGGAGAAGGUGCAAAAAGUUUUGCAGUAUCGCAAGGGAUCCAAAUAUUACCAGAAGGGGCAUUAGUGACAGAACGUACCAAAAAUGCACUGACGAAGUACUUAGCGAGUCAAGAGCAUAAGGGAGAUGGUCACGAAUUGGGCACUGUUGGCGCGGUUGCUAUUGAUUCCAGCGGCAGAUUAGCAGCCGCCACGUCCACAGGAGGUAGAGAGGGGAAACUCAGAGGCAGAUCCAGUGAUACUUGCAUAAUAGGGAGCGGCACGUACGCAGAUGACAAUAUCGGCGCAACUUCCACAACAGGACAUGGAGAAACGAUAGCCAAAUUUUGCUUGGCACACUCUGUUAUAAAAAGUAUGGAGGGUGGCAAGGGGGCCAAUGAAGCAACCAACGAUUGUGUACAGCUUAUGACGAAACGACUAAAUAACACUGCAGGGGCAGUAACUCUGUCCAGUAAAGGAGAGGUGGGGAUCGGGUUUAGUACAGAACGGAUGUCGUGGUGUUAUCAGAAGGGGGACGAGUUGCAUUUCGGGAUAGACCAUGAGGAGCACAAGAUUGAGAAGUGUUGACAGAAAUUAUUGCUUUCAUAAUAUAAAGAAAAUAUGUGUUUACUUUUCUAAAAAUAAAACUGUUACAACUAAA